AUGACACCUCUCAAAGCAGGGCUGGUUUCAUCAUCAAAUGACGCACCGAGAAUAAGUACGAAAUGCCGGUCAGGAAUUUCUUGUCGCUUUGAUCACGGCGAUAGCGCAGAUUUGUGGAGAAGAAUGUGCUUGAGGGAGUUGAUGAUUCUUGGACUUGGGACCGAAAUGCAAGGCCUCGGGAUCGCUGCUUGGACCUGCCAACAACUCUCACUGCUGUUCUAA